AUGGGCUCUAUCGCUACACAAUACUAUGGGAAAUUUAACUAUCUUCCUCGGGGAACCAAGCCUACUCCAGGAACCGGAGCGUACAGCCUACCCGCUCUUAGGAAUUUCCAGGCAUCCCCCAACUUACCGUUGACUGAUAUUCGCCCUUCCCUGGACCUCGGCGACGCUUCUCCAUUCGAACUUUCAAAGCAUGGCUUCACUGCCCGUCGUUACGAGUCACGACUGAACUCGGCUCCAUACGAUCGUUCAAGCUGGAAAGAUGAGGAUUUGUUGAGAUCAAUCUACUUCCCUGAAGUUGAGGACCUCUUGAAAAAAGUCACUGGCUGCAAGCAUGUUAUACCCACGGGGGCAAUUCUCAGAAGCAAUCUGUACUCUGAAGAGCCUGAAGCGUCUGAAACAAAUGAGAAGAAAGAAGACGAAGAAAUAACAAUCUGCUGCCCUAUCUAUGGUAGUCGGCCCGAUGCUGGUGUAUCCACUGCGCCUAAGGUGCACCUGGACUUUACUCCUCGAGGUGCCCGGCGCCAAAUUCGAAAGCAGCAUCGCGAUCUAGUGUCAGUAGCAGAACCAGUCAUUGAAGCAGAAAAUAAACUACUGCGUUCAGGCGUGGACUGGGACGACCUCAAAGACCAUUAUAAGGGAAAGACUGGCGGAGAGGAGGGUAUUCCACGAUUUGCACUUUUCUCCGUCUGGCGUCCGCUGAAGACUGUUACUCGGGAUCCUCUCGCUGUUGCACCGACUCAUUCGUUCCCCAAAUCUGACUAUUCCCCCAUGGAGUAUUACGAUGUGUCCUUCGACAAAGACAUUCCCCCUCAUCUCGCAGAGAUUAUCGAUACUUCCGCCCCUCAAGGUCAACCGAAGGAAAAUGAUGAACAUAAGGCUGGAAAAUAUCGGACAUGGGCCUACACUGCACAUGAACCGAGUGAUACUAAGGGCAAGGGACACGAUUGGCACUUUAUCUCUAACCAGCAACCAUCUGAAGCUUUGAUCAUUCAGUUCUUUGACAACGAGACCGAAGCCACUCUCCGGGCACCACAAGAUCCCACGGACACCUCUCCCGAGCUUCCUGUGUGUGGUGCAAUCCACAGCUCCUUUGAACUUGAGGGACAGAAUAACGACGAGGAAGCAAGAGAGAGCUUGGAAGUCAGAUGUACUGUAUUCUGGUGA